AUGCUUGCUUGUUUGGCCAGGGGGAAUUUACUGGACAUUCUUCAGGAGGGCUUCACGGAGCAACAGCUACAGACAUAUGUGGCCUGGGUGAAUUCCCAGCUGAAGAAGAAGCCAACAAUAAAGCCAGUCCAAGACCUGAGACAAGAUCUCCAAGAUGGAGUCAUUCUUGCUUUGCUCAUUGAGAUUGUAGCUGGUGAGAAGUUGAAUGGCAUUCAGGUCAACCCCACCAGCCAGCAGGAGAUGAGGGAAAAUGUGGAGAAAGUCUUACAGUUUGUGGCAUCAAAAAAGAUCCGCAUGCAUCAGACAUCAGCAAAAGAUAUUGUUGAUGGGAACUUGAAAUCUAUCAUGAGGUUGAUCCUGGCCUUAGCCGCUCAUUUCAAACCAGGCUCUGGGAAGGGAAUGAAUCAUAGCCCUGCUGGUAUGGUGGGGAAGAGUUUAUCAGCAUCAUCGGCCAGUCACAGGCUUCGCUCAGCUGCUGCAGUGGCCCAAGGGGCGGUGGCUGCUCUGGCAGAUGUUCGUCAAGAUGUCUUGCAAUCUGGCCGGGAUGUUUUCCGGCACAGACAGAGAAAUAGCAGCAUGGAUGAGGAGAUUGAAAACCCCUACUGGAGUGUCCGGGCACUGGUGCAGCAGUAUGAAGGGCAGCAGAACUUGCCAUUGGAGUCCCACCCUUCCAGUCUUGCAUCGCCCAGUCCUAUCCAUAGUGCAAAGAGCGAAUCCACCGUAGCCCCGUCAGAGGAGAAGGAAAGACUUGUGGUUAUCCACACUGAAGAAACAGAAACUAAAACAGAAGAGACAGAAUCUAAUUUCCAGCUUGAAUGGCAAGCAGGGAACCCUGUGUCAUAUUUGGAGAAUUCAUGGGAGGAGCAGCUUUUGGAACAGCAGGACCAUUUGGAAAAGGAAAUGGAGGAAGCGAAGAAGAUGAUUUCAGGUUUGCAGGCUUUGUUGCUCAAUGGAUCUUUACCUGAGGAUGAACAGGAAGGGUCCUUUGAACUUUGUGAGCGUGGAGCCUGCCCUGAAGAGCAGCUGAUCAUAAUUCGAAGUCGCCUGGACCAGAGUGUGGAAGAAAAUCAAGACCUAAAGAAGGAGCUAUUGAAAUACAAACAAGAGGCUCGAAACCUACAGGGAAUAAAGGAUGCUUUACAGCAAAGGCUGAUUCAACAGGAUGCUGCAGUUCUUCAGCUAAAGCAGGAACUGCUGAGAGCAAACAUGGACAAGGACGAAUUGCACAACCAGAAUGUUGACCUUCAGAGGAAGGUUGAAGAGAGAAACCGGCUACUAGCAGAAUACAAAAAAGAACUGGGCCAGAAGGAUCGACAUUUACAGCAGCAUCAGUCUAAACUGGAUGAAAUGCUUAGGCAGCUUUCUGAGGCCAGCUACCAGCAGGUGGAUUUGGAACGGGAGCUGGAGCACAAAGAGGCCCUGCUAGCCCGCUGCAUGAAGAGAGAAGCUGAAGAGGUGAUGGCUUACAGUGGUCACAGUGCUCAGAGCAAUGGCUUCCUCCAGACAGCAGGAAAAGGAGCUGCUCCUACAGCCCACCAAGGGACAAAUGACUUGCAGUUGGUUCGUGAUGCCCUUCGCAGCCUCAGGAACAGUUUCAGUGGCCACGAUCCACAGCAUCACACCAUUGACAGCCUGGAGCAGGGCAUAUCCAGCCUGAUGGAACGGCUGUACCGUAUGGAAACACAGAAGAGGCAAGAGAGAAGGAUCUGGGGGAAAUCACCAGCAAGCAGAGCAACAAAUGAGUGUAGAGAUUCCUGGCCUCCCAAAUCCAAACUGCCUCAUUCUCACAGCACACCUGUGAUGAGCACCAGUGCCUGCACCAAAGUGGUGUACUUCACUGACCGCUCCCUCACACCUUUUAUGGUCACCAUACCAAAGAGGUUAGGGGAAGUGACUCUGAAGGAUUUUAAGGUAGCUAUUGAUCGUGAAGGAACCCACCGCUACCACUUCAAAGCCCUGGAUCCAGAGUUUGGCACUGUCAAGGAGGAGGUAUUCCAUGAUGAUGACAUCAUUCCUGGUUGGGAGGGGAAAAUUGUGGCCUGGGUGGAAGAAGACCAUGGGGAGAAUUAA